AUGGAGAAGGGAGCUGAAAAAAAGAAUACCAGUGGGAGUGGGCUGCUGCUGUGCUCAGAGUUAGGAGUAUGUGUCCAGGUGUCACGCACUCAGAGUGUACCAGAGCAAGGCAGCUACACCCAUCACCACCUCAGCCAGCACCACUGCUACCACUGCUCCCACCAUCAUCUCCUCCACUAUGCCCACCCUCAGCCCUGCCACCACGAGGAGGGAGGAGGCAGAACUACAUGCCCCCAGGUGACACCCUGCAUGUUCCCUUUGUUUUCCUGCCAAUGGGAAGGCCAUCUGGAGGUGGUGUUGCCCCACCUGAGGCAGAUGCACAGGGUUGAUAUUCUUCAGGGAGCAAAGAUAGUCUUUCUGGCCAUGGACAUGCACCUUCCUGCCCCUGAUGACUGGACCAUCAUGCACUCCUGCCUUGGCCACCACUUUCUGCUGGUGCUUAGGAAACAGGAGAAGCAUGAAGGGCAUCCCCAGUUCUUUGCCACCAUGAUGCUGAUUGGGACCCCCACCCAGGCCAACUGCUUCACCUACUGCCUGGAGCUCAACAGAAACCAUCGGCAUCUCAAAUGGGUGGCCACUCCCUGGUCGGUCCUUGAGUGUGUGGACUCAGUGAUCACUGACGGGUUCUGCCUCAUCCUUAACACCUUGCUAGCCCAGCUUUUCUCUGACAAUGGCAGCCUUGCCAUUGGAAUCGCUAUCACUAUAACAGAGGUUUGCUCCUCAGAAGCCGAGAUGUGA